AUGACUCGCAUUUCUUCUUCAGCAAGAAUUUUAUGUAAAACUGUUGAAUAACCGUAAAUUGCAGCGCCAAAACGACAGAGAAUUUGCAGCAAUGGAGUUAUAUCUCGAAGAUGGAAAACAACUAUCCCCUAAAUCAUCCACUCUAAUUCUGCCGGCUCUGUCGAUCGGAAAUGUAGGACAGUUAGCUGUGGAUCUGCUAAUUUCGUCUCUAAAAGCGGAAAAGGUCGCCUGUUUAGACGAUCCAAAUGUGCUUCCUUGCGUUGGCAAUGAUGCUUAUUCGCCGUCGCCUCUCGGAAAGCUAGCUCUUUCUCUUGAAGCUUAUGAAGCAUCUUCCAGUGAGUUGACACUUGUGCAGCAGCGCUCUCCAGUUGUUAAGGGUAUGAUGAUGGCAUAUGCUAAGAACAUAGCAAAUUUUGCAGCUGCUAACGGAAAGAAGCACAUCGUCUUGCUUUCCAGCUUAGAUUUUGGGCGAUGGAGGAAUAUUGAUAUGUCAAGUGGCUUGCAGAUCUAUUACUUAUCUAGCUCCAAUUUGGAUGGAACUGAUGCUGAAUGUGAAAGCCUUGGGUGGAAAAAACUGCAAGAUUAUGAUCCUGCCGUGAGAAUGUGGAAGUAUCUUGACACAUUAGCUCAAGAAGUGUCUGUACCUGAUGAAGAUUCUCCUUUUGAGGAAUUGGGUGAUGAAGAUUACUAUCCAAGUUUACCUUUUGCUGCACUGUUUUCAUGCUUUAAGGCUAAAGGGUUGAAGGUGACUUGCUUGUUCUGUUACUGCUCGGAGGGAGACAAUAUACCCGAAGCUUUCUCAAUGGCUGAGGCAGCAGGCAAACUUGUUGGAUUGAAUGACUUUCUGGGCAAGGACAAUGGUGCUGGUAAAUGGAUCACACCGUUCUCGUGGCAGAGCGUAUACGGACCUCCAGCAGAUAUGACUAUGUUCUAGGCAGUGUCUCAGUGUAUUUACCUUCUACUAUGUCUUAUGUCUUUUUACUGACAAUAUGGAUGUGUCAACUUAUAUCAUUACUUCACGAAUGAAAUGACAGCCUCUGUUUCAGUUUUGAACA